AUGGCAAGAAACACAAACUCAAACAGUGAAUCUGACUCGAAGUCCGGUAGAUCAGGUAAGACCAAUUCCGGAACUUCUAAGACUAAUGCUAGUGGAUCAGGUUCAACUACAGGUAAUAACCAAAGUAAACAAAGACUUACAACUGCACAACAACAAUAUUUAAAGAAUUUAGUUACUACACAUAUUACAGAUAACCAUCCUAGCAUAGUGAAUCCUCGUACAAAUCCAUCUGAUUUUGAAAAUUAUUCUGAUGAUUUCUUACGUAACUAUAAGGAUCAUUUUAAUUUGAAUACCCCAGACAAUAUGACAUUUAGAGGAUAUCUUUUAGGUUCGAAAUUAGGUUCAAAGACAUAUUCAUUUGAAAGAAAUAAGAUAGGGAAACCUGAUGCAAGAAUACAUAAGAAAGAAUUAUCGAAUGAAGUGAAAAAACAUUUUGAAUCAGUAACGAUAAAGGAGAUGGAAUGUAUUCCACAAUUUAUCUACAAAGUAAAGAGUCAAAAGAAGAAAUUUAGAAUGGAAUUUAAAAGUGGGAAUCACCAAUGA